GAUGCCCGUGGAAGGCGCCGCCGCCGCGUGGAUCGGGAGCGAGGAGAUGGAGCAAGCACCGGCGACACCCUCCUCCAGUGCGAACAGGACGGAGCAAGACCCGACCAACAGACUAGGGAUCCAGACUUCGUUGGCGGCUGCUCCUCGAGGAAAGGGUAGCCCGGAGAACACGCACCACAGGUACCGGGGCGUCCGGCAGUGCAAGUCGGGAAGAUGGGCCUCCGAGAUCCGCGAGCCCAACCAUGGAAAGCGACACUGGCUGGGCACCUUCAACACUGCUGUCGACGCCGCCAUCGCGUACGACAGGGCUGCGAUUGCCUACUUCGGCUCCCGGGCAAUCGUCAACAUUGGCUCCAGAGUAAUUCCUUGUACAAGCAGGACGAAGCAAGCUCAGGCCAGGAGUAGUGCCACGCCGGCGGUCCGGACUCCCGUGGUGGCUCCUCCAGGGAAGGGUGGCCUGGAGAACAGGCGCCAUGGGUACCGGGGAGUCUGGCAGCGCAAGUCAGGCAGGUGGGCCGCCGAGAUCCGCGAACCCAACAGCGGCAAGCGACACUGGGUGGGCACCUUCGGCACAGCCAUCGAUGCAGCAAUCGCGUACGACAGGGCCGCCAUUGCCAUCAUCGGCUCCGGUGCGAUCGUCAACUUCCCGUCUGCCCUCCCCCUCACUGCUGACGCACCAGUGAAAUGCUAUGCCGCGUCUUGUUCCCCUUCCGCUGCUGCUACCACUGUCUUCAGUGAGCAUGAACUGAAGCCGAUGGUCACUGCGUCUGUCCUUGGUGAGCAUGGAGUGAAUCAGAAGGUUGAUGCCCCCUCUGUCUUCGAUGAGCAUGAAGUAAAGCCGAUGCUCACUGCCUCCGUCUUCGAUGACGAAAAGCGUGAAGUAAAUCCAAUGUUCACCGCUUCUGUAAAGCCGAUGGUCAUCGCCUCUGGCUUCAGCGAGGGUGAACUGAAGCCGAUGGUCGCUGCCUCUGUCCUCGGUGAGCAUGAAGUCGAGCCGAUGCUGGCACACGGUGGCAGUGACGCCACCAGGAUCGCUCAGCAUUGGGAUGUUUCUUGGGCUAGGCAAGAGGAAGUAUUCACCGACUACCUGAAUGACAUUGCCAUGUACAUUGGUGCCCAUCCUAUCACUGAGAAAUUGUCAUUCCAACCUGACAUCAAGAGUGAGGAUUACCUGGUCGACGGGAUGGGCACUGAAUUUGCUGACUCGCCACUGUGGGCGCUGGGUGACUGAAAUGGCAGCUGGAAGGGAGGCUUCGUCUACUGAGAUGGGAUUUGACUUCGCUGACUGUAGUAGCAUCGUUUGCUGGUAGCCGUUUGGAUCGUUUAGCUGGACACUUGAUGUAGGUCAGUAGGGAGUUCUCUGCAUAAUUUUACGUCAGUUCAACUCUAGUGUAUGUAGAUGACCAUGCAGUAAACUGGAUCAUCUCAUCGUUUUCUCCAAUUCAGGCAGCAUCUUAAAGUAGCAAGACUCCUUUUCUUAAAGCUGGAUAAACAAAGGGACGAGGUUAUGUGUUUCUUGUUGAUAACUCGUCUAUUAGAAGU